CCAUAUGUUAUAAGUUUUGACCAGAUUUCCAAACCCUUGUUCGUUCGUUCCAACAAUACUCAGAAUUCAGAUUUUGAAGUUUUUCGCUACUCAGGUUUGCUUCUUAGAUAAUCUAAGAAUUUCGUUUUUAGGUUUCACCUCACUCUGUUACCAUUGAUCAUCGUCGAUCAUGUUGUUCCCGACGAAGCGUUAUGCGCUUCCAAGGUGCAAAUUUAGGGUUUCAAUUUUGGGGUUUCUUUUCAUUCGUUUAUUAGGGUUUUCCUGAACGCCAAAGCAUUGCUGAUCGACGUUAAACUAAUGGUCUUUCUUGCAAUUCGGCUAUGGAUUUUGGCUUCUAUGCAGUUGAAGUUCUGCGAUAUAGUUUAUUAUCAAAGCAAUUGCAUUAUGUGUUUGAGGUUUCUUUUAAUUUACUUAUUAGGGUUGUUGGGAUCAGAAAUACGGUGAUUCGGGGUAACCUGGAUUCGGUGAUUCUGUUAAGGAUUUUUGCCUCUACUCAAGAUGUUCUGUUAUGUAGUUUUUGUUUCUUUAUUCAUUGUAUGUAAACUUUAUAAUUGGGUAUUAUAAAGUUUGGUAAUGGACAAUUUGGGAUGAGUAACUAUACGCGUUCCACGGCUGCUUGUUUUAGUAUUGGAUUGUUGUUCAUUGGAUAAGUGGCUGAUUUGGGAUGCUAUUGCAUUGUUGGUUGUUUUCUAGAGCAUCAUCAUGGAUAUGAAGGUGGCAAGGAGUAGUAGAACUGAUCGAGUCAUUGGAAAAACAUGCUUCUAUUGGCUUGCUGGGAGAUGCAACAGAAACCCUUGUAGGUUUCGGCACAGCGAAACACCUUUGCCUUCUACAACAGCUUCUCACAGUGUCGAUACUGGAUACUGUAAUGCAAGGAAGCGCCAUUUCUUAUCCGAGUCUGAGAAUGACCCUCAUGAUCAUAACAAAAAGGCAGUCUUGAAGAGAGUCAGUGGAGAAGGCAGAGAUAAGACUCAAAUUGUUGAUGCUUCUCGGACUCUGUCACCAAGUAUAUGCAAAUACUGGAUCAAUAGCAACUGCGUGCAUGGUGAUCAGUGUCGGAAUAUACAUUCAUGGUUUUCUGGCGAUUGGUUGUCCAGAUUAGCAAAGCUUCAAGGACACAAGAAGGUUGUUUCUGGAAUUACACAUCCAGUUGGAUCAAACAAGCUUUAUUCUGGAAGUACCGAUGGGACACUUCGGACAUGGGACUGCAAUACUGGUCAAUGUGAUAAUGUGAUGAAUCUUGGUGCUGAAGUCACAUCUUUGAUCAGUGAGGGCCCUUGGAUUUUUGUUGGUCUGCCAAAUAUUGUCAAGGCAUGGAAUAUUCAGACUGCAUCACAGUUUAAUCUUGAUGGACCUAAGGGUCGAGUCCUUGCCAUGGUUGUUGGCAAUGAUACACUAUUAGCUGGAGCAGAGGAUGGCAUAAUUUCUGCAUGGAGAGGCAACUCUGAACCCGGUUCUCCUUUUGAACUGGUUAUGUCAUUAUUGGGUCACACUAAAUCUGUGGUUUGCCUUACCAUUGGACGCCACAAGAUGCUUUACUCAGGAUCAAUGGACCAAACCAUUAAGGUUUGGGAUCUUGACACAUUCGAGUGUACAAUGACACUCAAUGGACAUACUAAUGUUAUUACAUCCCUUAUUUGUUGGGACAAUUACUUGUUAUCUAGUUCAUUAGACCAUACUAUUAAGAUCUGGGCUGCCACUGAAGAGGGACCUUUGAAAGUGACAUAUUCACAUAGUGUAGAAAAUGGUGUUGUUGCACUUAGUGGGAUGACUGAUGCAGAAGGCAAGCAUAUAUUGUUAUGCUCCCGCAGAGACAAUUCUGUUUGCCUGUAUGAAUUACCAUCAUUUUCUGAGAGGGGUAGAUUGUUUGCUAGACGAGAAAUUGGAUCGAUAGAGAUCGGUUCUGGUGGACUCUUCUUCACCGGAGAUGGUACUGGCUUGAUGACUGUCUGGAAAUGGUUGGAAGAGCCCAAGUUAGCAACAUCCUCCUAAGUCAUGACAAAGAUAUAUACCUAUUGCUUUCUUCCACCAACUACCUUGCUGAUGUGCACUGAGUGUUCAUAUUAGCAGAGGAGUAUAUGAUCAAUUAUACUCCACUAGCAUACUUUUGACUCAUGAUCAUUUGUACAGUUGGUGACACAAGUCAAUUUAUUUUGAUCUAAUCAUUAAGCUAAAUUGAUUGAAAAAAGAUGUAAAGUUUCAAGUAUUAUAAAGCUAUUCUUUUUGUAAUAGCGACUAACAAGGCCUCUUUAGAGAGCUUUAAAAAAUAUUGAAAUGUGCAUUCAACAA